AUGGUGGCUAAGCUUCAGGCGAUGGUGCAGGGGCAGGGCACAGGGCAGCACGGGAUGCCCCACCCUCACAUGCAUCACGGAAUGAUGCAACAGGGCAUGGCGCAACAGGGUAUGGCGCAACAGGGUAUGGCGCAACAGGGUAUGGCGCAACAGGGUAUGGCGCAGCAUGGGAUGGCGCAACAAGGCAUGCCGCAACAAGGCAUGGUGCAACAAGGGUUGAUGCAACAGGGGUUUGCGCAACAAGGCAUGGUGCAACAGCAAGGCAUGGUGCAACAAGGGAUGAUGCAGCAAGGCAUGCCGCAACAAGGGAUGAUGCAGCAAGGGAUGGUGCAACAGCAAGGCAUGGCGCUGCAGGGGAUGAUACAGCAAGGCAUGGCGCAACAAGGCAUGGCGCAACAAGGCAUGGCGCAACAAGGCAUGGCGCAACAGGGGAUGGCGCAACAGGGGUUGGCGCAACAAGGCAUGGCGCAACAAGGCAUGGCGCAACAAGGCAUGGCGCAACAGGGAAUGGCACAACAGGGGAUGGCGCAACAGGGUAUGGCGCAACAAGGGAUGGCGCAACAGGGGUUGGUGCAGCAGCAGGCUCCACAGCAGUCGAUGUUUGGCUUCCAAGGAGGGCCAUCCGCCUUCCUGCCACACAACGGACAAGCCUACCAGCAACAGAUGCAACAAGUGCAGCAGAUGCAGCCGAUGCAGCAGGUGCCCUCUUUCCAGCAAGGCCAUCAGAUGCAACAAGGCCCGGUACCGAUGCAACAAGGCCCGGUACCGAUGCAACAAGGCCCGGUACCGAUGCAACAAGGCUCGGUACCAAUGCAACAAGGCCCGGUGCCAAUGCAACAAGGCUCGGUGUCCAUGCAACAAGGACCGAUACUGAUGCAGCAAGGCUCUGUACAGAUGCAACAAGGCUUGGUACCGAUGCAACAAGGCCCGGUGCCCAUGCAACCUUCACCUGGAGCGCCCAUGCAAGCAGGCCUGCCAAUGCCCCCGCACCAACCGUUCCCUGCUACUGCUGCCAUGCCUAUGACAGUGCAUGUGGUUUCAGCUUCCCUUCCUGCCCCCAUGCAGCAGCAACAGCAACAGCAGCCCCAGCAGCAGCAGCAGCCCGGUCAUGUACCUGGACACAACAACAUGCCUGGCGACUUCGGGUCAUGGGCGCCCUUCACAGUGACGCAGUGGCAGGAGCUGGAGCAGCAGGCGCUCGUCUUCAAGUACCUUGUUGCAGGCGCGCCCGUGCCCCCCCACCUCGUUGCCGCGCUUAGGGCCUCCUGCGCCCGCUUGCCCCCCUUGGCGGCACUGCAGCAGCCCCCUGCUGCCCCCGGCGGCCAACGUGAGUCUCUCUCUCCCCUGUGCAUGUCCGUCCUAUGUCCAUCCAUCCUAUGCAUAUGCUCCGGGGUGGGGGCAGGUAACGCAGCAGGUGGAGCUGGAGCCGUUCAGAUGCCGACGAACGGACGGCAAGAAAUGGCGAUGCUCCAGAGAGGCAUUGCCCCUUACCCCGGUAGUGCCACUUACCCCGGUAGUGCCACCCACCCUGCUGUUGCCAUGUUCCGCCCAUCUGCGGAGGGAGCAGCAGUGCCAGCGGUGCUGCAUGGGAACGCCCCGCCUCCACUCACUCUCCCCCCUCCCGUGCAUGCAGUCGCGGUACCUUCUGCAGGACAGGGUGGGGCAGGGCAGGUCGGGGCAGGGCAGGGUGGGGCGGGGCAGGGAGGUGUAGGGAACGGGGGAAUGGUGGCAGGGGGAGAGGGAAUGCAUCAGUCACAAGGCGCAGGUGAAGCAGUGAGAGGGGCACCAGGGGGGAUCCAAGCAGGAGUGCAAGGAGGGGUGCAGCAAGCAGGGAUGCAGCAAGGAGGGAUGCAGCAAGGAGGGGAGGGAGGAGCAUCAGCAGCUAUGGGCGUACAAAGAGUGGGCGAGGGGACACGAGGAGCAGGAGAGGGGUCUUUCCCCAGCCAGUCUCCUGGUCAACACGCUGCAGCACCACACCACCCACCCUUCCAGAUGCAGCAGUCGCAGCAGCAGCAGCAGCAGCAGCAGCAGCAGGAACAGGUGAGGCCAGGGCAACAGGCAGUGCAGUUGCAGGCACCCCUCCGUGCCUCCACGCCCACACACGGCCCUACACCCCUGCGUGCGUCCACUCCCAUCGCAUCCACACCCACACACGGCCCUGCAUCCCUGCAAGCUUCGACGCCUGCACCCUCCCCACUUCAAGUACCCAAAGCUGCAGCACCCCCGCCCUCUCCUUCCCUGCAAGUCUCCAGACAUCCGCAGGCCUUCCCCUCUCCCUCUCCUUCUCCCGCUCCCUCUCCCUCUUUCCAUGCGCUCAAGCCAGCUGCCUCGCCUCUCCUCCAAGUGUCGAGGCUCGGAGCCUCCCCGUACCAGCAACAGGCUGUAAGGGCAGCAGUAUCGCCUUUCCAGCAGCAGGCACCAAGGUUCCAGCAGGCGGCUUCCUCUGACCAAAGACCCGCCUCUCCUGCCCUGCUGGUGCUGACACACCAGCAGCAGGCAGUAACGCCAGCCGCCUCUCCUGCCCUGCAUGCGCUCACGCAAGGGCCCUCCCAGUCCUUUCGGCCCGUCAAGCCAGCAGCGUUGCCCGCGCUACAGCCAGCAGUGCGUACAAAAAUCGAGAUGUCUCAAUACUCGCCAGCGCGACAACCGGCUGUCACUCCAAUGCGGCAAUCUCAAGGUGUUGCUUCCACUGGUGGGGCCGAGGGCGGGGAUGGUGCUGGUGAUGGUGAUGGUGCUGGUGCUGGUGCUGGUGCUGGUGCUGGUGCUGGUGCUGGUGCUGGUGCUGGUGCUGGUGCUGCGAAUGGGGUUGGGGCCAGAGGCAGCAGUGGUGCUGCGAGCUAUGGUAACGCCCAUAGCAGCGCAUAUGGAGCUGCAGUGAGCUCGAGUGUUGGGAGAGCAGAGGGCAUGGACGGUGCGAGAGGUGGGGAGGAGGAGGGAUGCAGGGAGGAGAGAGCGGGAGGUGGAGAGAGACCGCAUUCAGCUGCUGCUGCUGCUGCUGCUGGUGCUGCUGCUGCUGGUGGUGAAGCAGCUGGAGGGAUGCAAAAAGAGAGAGGAGGAGAUGUUGGAGGAGCCGUGGAGAGCGGCUUAGGCACGGCAAGGCCAUCUCCCAAUGUAAGCACCGCCGUCGACUGA